AUGGAACGACUGCCCUGUCUGCUGCACAGCAUAACCGAUUGGAUGAUUCGCCUUCGACUGCUUCUUAAAGAAUCUAACUUUUCCACAAUCAUUAGCGUCAACGCCCCAACAAUGACCGGCUCUGACGAAACUAGGAGCAAAUGCUACGAAGAACCGCCCGCCCUCCUGGCAUCUGCCGCCGUCACCAACUUGCCUGCAGAUGAGUGCUGA